ACGAAAUGUUAAUAACGCCGGUGAAAGGAUGACACCCGCAGUAGGGUGCACCCCAGUCUGGUGCUAUUUUUGGGGAAGCCGUAAAACUUGAAUUUGGAAUUAUGUAGAAGACAACGACGACGACGACGACGCGGUGAGAGGCUUUCCACAAAGAGUGCAUCGCCGUCGAUGACCAUCGAGCUGCGAGGGAGGUAAACCGCUUCCGAGCAGGUGGUAUAAAAGCUACCGGGAGUUCCCGUUCUAAAUCAGUCAGGAUCGAUUCCUUCGAUCGUCCAACAGGAGUAGCAGCAGUUCUAAGACGUCAAGAUGCGUGCCUUCAUGAUUUUGUCCGCCUGCCUGGCGGUGGCUUCCGCCCAGUUCCAAACCUACCAAACCGGAAACAGCUUCUCGGGAGCUUCGGCCGGUAGUCGAGCUGUCUCUGUAGACUACUCGCCCUCAGCUUUUGAUCAGACCGUGGUGGGAGGAGCAUCCGGUGGAUUCAGCUCGGCCGGAUCUUCAUCUGGAUCGUUCGGCGGUGGCGUAGGAUUCGGUGGUGGAUCAUCUUUCGGCCGUAGCAGCUCCGGAUCCUUCGGAGGUGCUGGUGUCGGCUCAUUCGGUGGUGCCGGUGCCGGUGCUGGAUCGUUUGGAAGCGCUGGAGCUAGUUCAUUCGGAGGUGCCGGAGCCGGUUCAUUCGGCGGAGCCGGAGCUGGAUCCUUCGGUGGUGCCCGUUCUGCUGGAUUUGGAGGAGCCUUCGGAGGUGCUUCUGCCGGAGCUGGAGCUGGUGCUGGUGCUGGAUUCGGAGGUCGCUUCGGUGGUGCCUCUGCCUCUGCUGGAGCUGGUGCUGGAGUUCGUUAUGUUGUCAAGCCCGAAGUCGUCAAGAAGCACUUCUACUACCACGUCGCCCCUGAAUCCCAUGCCGAAGCUGAAGCCGAAGCCCGCGUUGAGAUCCAACCCCAGACCCACUACAAGGUUCUGUUCAUCAAGGCCCCAUCUGUGUCUGCCGCCGCCGCUGCCCGUGCCGCUGCUCGUACCCGCACCCAGGAGAAGACCAUUGUCUACGUUUUGGUCAACAAGCCAGAAGCCGGCGCCAAGUCCGCUGCCGAUGCCGCCGUCGAUACCUACGCCAGUGCCAAGCCCGAAGUCUACUUCAUCAAAUACCAGGGCAAGAACGCUGGAGCCGGUGCCCAUGCUGGAGCUGGAGCUUCUGCUGGCGCUUUUGGUGGUGCCUUCGGUGGAGCCUCUGCUGAUGGCUUUGGCGGAGCCGCUGGAUUCGGCGGAGCUUCUGGAUUCGGUGGAGCCUCUGGAUUCGAUUCCUCUUCCUUCGGUGAUUCUGGAGUCACUACCUACAGCAGCGGAGCUUCUGGAUUCGGUGGUGCCGGUUCUUCUGGAUUCGGUGGUGCCGGAGCUUCCGGUUUCGGUAGCGCAGGAGCUUCUGGAUUCGGUGGUGCUGGAGCUAGCAGCUUCGGUAGCGCUGACGCUUCUGGCUUCAGUGACUCUUCUUCCUUCGGAGGCCGCAUCGGAGGUGGCAGCUCGUCGUCUGCCUCGGCCGGAUCGAACUCGUUCAGCCGUUCCUUCAACGCCGGAUCUGGCACCGUCUUCGGAAGCACCCCGACCUUCGUCAGCACCACUGCUUCCCCAAUCUUCUAAGUGAUUCCCCGUAACACGGAAUACUCAGCAAAGAAAAAAACGCACCGAACAAAUGAUAAACGAUACUCGGCUGAACGAUUCGGAUCACAACGACUAGGAAGACUAGGAUUUAACUAAGAUAAAGUAGAUUUAUUUUCAGUUAGGAUAGUGCGCCAAGCGAUGAAGAUUACUGUGUUCGUACAAAUCUCCCACAAGAAGUCAACUUUGUACCACAUAUAAAACCAUGAAGAAAAUACAACCAAGUAUUAAUAAUUGCAAGUACAAAA